AUGUUUGGCUACCGCACCAUUGUCCUCGCCAAUCCAAAAGAUCUCAAAGAUUUGUUCAGCCCAAAAGUCGACUCGCCGUUCUUGCGUCGUAUUCCGCCGUUUAAAGGGAUAAAAGCACUUGGAAUGGAAAGCGACGGGUUGUUGUUUAAUAAUGAUGUGCCGAAAUGGAAGAACAAUCGGAAAUACUUUUCUCAAUCGUUGUCGCCGCCUUCGUUUAUAAAGUUGAGCGCCAUAUAUACAAAUCAGGCGUGUGAGGAGUUAGUCGGGUAUUGGAAUGAUUUGAAACAGAAUGAAAUUGUGAAAUUGGAUGAAUGGUUUCGAUCUUUUACUUCGGAUAUGAUGGGAUUGGUUGUUUCGGGGAUAAAAGAAAAUUCGAUGCAGUUAACCAACGAUAAAAGAAUAAAACCAAAAUAUUCAUUAAAAUCCAAGGAAAAUGAGGAGGAAAAAGAACAUGAAAUAACAUCCGGUGAACGGUAUAGAAAUCUUCGAUCGGAGUAUUCGGACGCAUUAGGUUUCUUAGUGUUUGUUCCACCUUUUCUAUGGAAUUUUCCGAUUAUUAAACCGAAAGUCGAGCAUUAUAAAAAUGUAUUAAAGGAAUUGGGAAACUUUGAACUAGAAUUAAUCGAAAAACGCAAAAACACAAUGAAGCAACGACAGCCCGGUAUAAAUUCUGAUAAUAGCAGUGGGAAAAUAAGAGAUGAUUUUCUUACAAUGCUAAUAAAGUCAACUGAGAACGAGAUGUCAACCGAGGACGCUGAUGUUAUUAAGCAAAACAUUCGUGAAAUGUUUGGCGCGGGGAUUGCAACUACUACAAGCACACUUUGUGCGAUAGUCCAUUGUCUCGCCAAGCAUCCCGAAGUAGAAAAACGAAUGGUCGAUGAAUUAUUCCAAGUGUUAGGUCCGGAUCGAGAUGUUAGAGUUGAAGAUUUCGACCAAUUAAAAUUCACUGAAGCCAUUAUAAACGAAACCAUACGUCUGAAUCCCGUUGUCCCAUUAGUACACCGUUAUAGCACCGACACGGAACUUGAAAUUGCUGGCCACAGAUUCCCACCAAACACGAUAUUCGGCAUAAAUCUUGCACACAUUCAACGAAACCCAAAAUACUUUCCUAAUCCCGAAAAAUUUGAUCCGGAUCGAUUUUACACCGGGGAUUGGAAAAAACGGUCACCGCAAUAUGCGUUUUCCCCGUUUGGGCAUGGAAUGCGAUCGUGUCCUGGCAAGCAUUUUGCUAUGGCAGAAAUUAAAGCAAUUUUGGCGAAUAUCUAUCGAAAAUUCACGUUCAAAUUGGCUUAUCCUAAUAAGCCACUUCCGUGGAGGUAUACGGUUGUAAAUGAAAUUGGCACCUUUGAAGUUUAUGUUGUUCCAAGAGAAAAGAGCAUAUUAUCUAAUAGCGCUGCAUAA